AUGGCCAGCACCAGCCCGCAGCGCCAGCCCCCCAUCGCCUUCCCGCGCCGCCGCAGCGCCCGCCGCCUCGCCGCCCCCCCGGCCAAGAGGGACCCCGACCCCCCCACGCCAUCGCUCUCGCCUCACCCCAACGCCUCAGUCCCCGCUGAACCCAACCGGGUGACCCCAACCCCGCGCUCCACCGCCACCAAACCCCAACCCUUGAGCCCCUGCAAGCGCCUGGGUGACGACAACCUCUGCAACAUCCCUCACACCCUGCCGUGCUCCCCGGCCAAGCGCAGCAAGGAGAACCAGGGGCGCCGCUUGCUUUUUGGGGACCCCCCCGUCUCCCCGGAGAAGCUCAGCACCCCAGGAGCGUCCCCACGGCAUAGGGCGCAGGAGACCCCUCGGAGCUCAGGGUUGCAGCCUGCCGGCACGCGGCUUUUCCGGCAGGAAGGUUCUCGGUACCAACGGGCGAAGCGGGUGCUGCACGCGGCCGUGCCCGAUCGCCUCCACGGCCGGGAGAAGGAGAUGGGCAUCAUCCGGCAGUUCUUGAAGGAACACGUUUGUGGGCAUCGUUCCGGUAGCCUUUAUAUCUCCGGAGCUCCUGGAACGGGGAAAACAGCGUGUGUGAGCCACAUCCUGCUCGACUGCAAGGAUGAGCUCGCCAAGAGCAAAACCAUCGUCCUGAACUGCAUGGCGCUGAGCAGCCCGCAGGGUGUCUUCCCCGCCGUGGCGCAGCAGCUGGAGUUGCCCGUGGCCGGCGGCCGCGAGGGCCCGCGGAGGCUGGAGAAGGAGCUGACGGCGCGUGGACCCAUGGUCCUCCUGGUGCUGGACGAGCUGGACCAGCUGGAGAGCAAAGGGCAGGAUGUGCUCUACACCCUCUUCGAGUGGACGCGUCUUCCCGGCUCCAGGCUCGUCCUUGUAGGUUUGGCCAACGCGCUGGACCUGACCGACCGCAGCCUGGCCAGGCUCCGAUCCUGCCCGCGCGGUGCUCCGCAGCUGCUCCGCUUCGCGCCGUACACGCGGGAAGAGCUCGCCGCCAUCCUGCAGGAGCGCUUGGGGCAGGUGGAUGGUGACCCCAUCCUGGAUGCCGCCGCGCUCCAGUUCUGCGCUCGCAAGGUCUCCGCGCUCUCCGGUGAUGCUCGUAAGGCUCUGGAUGUCUGCAGACGAGCCGUGGAGGUGGUGGAGCUGGAAGUGCGGAGCCAAACCCUGCUCAAGCCACUGCCUGGAGGUGACUCCCCGGCAUCUCCCGUCCCCAAGCGUGUGGGGCUGCCCCACAUCUCCCGCGUCAUCUCAGAGGUGUUUGGGGACCGGGCGGCGGCGGUGGCCACCCGCGACGCCUUCCCGCUGCAGCAGAAGGUGCUGCUCUGCUCGCUGCUGCUGCUCAGCCGCCGCCUGCGCGCCCAGGAGGUGACGCUGGGGCAGCUCCACGACGCCUACAGCCAAGUGUGCCGGCGGCAGCAGCUCCCCGCCGUCCAGCAGGCAGAGUGCCUGUCCCUCGUCACCCUCCUCGAGGCCCGCGGCAUCCUCAGGAUGAGGAAGGGCAAAGAGACCCGGCUGGCCAAGGUCUCGCUGAGGCUGGAGGCGGCGGCAGUGCAGCACGCGCUGCAGGACGCGGCGCUGGUGGGCAACAUCCUGACCCAGGGACUGGGGUAACCCCCCCCCCCCCCAGCACCCCCUCCCCGCAGCCCCUCGGGUGGGA